GUUAAAAGAGACAGUCCACUGUGCGUCCUCGAAAAGAUGGUCGUGUUUUUUGGCGUGUAUACUUUUGGGUUUCUAGCUGCAGCAGUUUGUGUUGUUCUCUUGACAUAUAUCACCUACCAACUGUUGAAAAACUACCUGCACAACUGGAAAGAGCUGAAACCUAUACCGGGUAUCGGAUAUACUUAUCCAUUUAUCGGGAAUGCCUUGCAGUUUAAAUCUAAUGCGGGAGAUUUCUUUUGUCAGUUAGUUGGCUACACACAUGAAUUCCGGAAUUCUCCACUGCUUAAAAUAUGGAUUGGACCUGUCCCAUUCCUCAUCCUAUACCAUGCUGAGACUAUUGAGACAUUGCUGAAUAACCCUAUUCACAUGGACAAGGCCUAUGCAUACAAAUUUCUGCACCCCUGGCUGGGAACAGGACUACUCACAAGUACAGGGGAUAAGUGGAGACGCAGACGUAAGAUGUUGACUCCAACAUUUCAUUUCUCUAUUCUGACUGAGUUCCUGGAGGUGAUGAAUGAGCAGGCGGAGGUGCUCAUAGAAAAACUAGAGAAGCAUGCUGGGAAAGGCCCAUUCAACUGCUUUAACCACAUCACUCUCUGUGCACUUGACAUCAUCUGUGAGACUGCCAUGGGAAAGAAGAUCUAUGCACAGAGCAAUUAUGACUCUGAUUAUGUGCGCUGUGUGUACAGAAUGAGUGACAUCAUCACCAGGCGCCAGAGAAUGCCUUGGUACUGGCCUGACUUUGUGUAUAACUAUUUUGGGGAAGGCAGAGAACACAACCGUAGCCUGAAGAUCCUUCACUCUUUCACAGAGAGUGUAAUUUAUGAAAGGGCGGAGCACAUCACCUACAUUGAGUCCGACAGCGAAUCAGAUCAAGGGAUGAAGAAAAGGAGGGCUUUCUUGGAUAUGCUGUUAAAAACAACAGAUGAGGAUGGGAAAAAGCUAACUCACAAAGACAUACAGGAGGAAGUGGACACCUUUAUGUUUGAGGGUCAUGACACUACAGCUGCCUCCAUGAACUGGGCCAUACAUUUGUUAGGCUCCCAUCCUGAAGUUCAAAGAAAGGCACAACAAGAACUAUUUGAGGUGUUUGGUGAGUCUGAAAGGCCUAUAAACACGGAGGAUCUGAAGAAACUGCGUUAUCUGGAGUGUGUUAUAAAGGAGUCUCUGCGUCUCUUCCCCUCUGUACCAUUUUUUGCUCGAACCAUCUGUGAGGAUACACAGAUCAAUGGUUAUAAAGUCCCUAAAGGAGCAAAUGCCAUCAUCAUUACCUACGCCCUCCACCGUGACCCUCGUUUCUUCCCUGACCCAGAGGAGUUCCGUCCUGAACGCUUCUUGCCAGAGAAUGUGGUUGGGCGACAUCCUUAUGCCUUCAUUCCUUUCUCUGCCGGCCUACGCAACUGCAUUGGCCAGCGGUUUGCUGUGAUGGAGGAGAAGGUUAUUCUGGCUUCUAUUCUGCGCUACUUUAAUAUAGUGGCGUGUCAGAAGAGGGAUGAGCUCCGUCCAAUGGGGGAACUGAUCCUGAGACCAGAACAAGGCAUCUGGAUUACACUGGAGCGCAGAAAAUGCUAACAAACACAAUGACACUCACAUAGAUUGAUGUUGAGCAGUGCAAAUCUUCUGUAACUGAAAAUACUACAAAAUAUGUUUAAUGACUUGUAUGAAAUGUCAAAUUUCAAGACGUCUAAAAGAAGUCGCAAAUUCUCAUAUAAUCCAUACUUUUGUCUAAGAGAACUAUUUGUAAUUUUACACUUAACAUAUAGUAAUAUUAUGAGAAACAUAAUUUGUACCAGUUUAUUAUGAAACAUUAAUAUUAAAGAGUCUACACUAUAUAAUGUCUCUAUGUCAUGCUCAUUUUAACUGAUGUCAAAUUUGGUUUAGCGUGCUUGUUUUAACUAAGUUUAGCAUUUUGCACUUUAACUAUGAAGGUCAUGAAAAUACAAACAGUUUCUCAAAGUUUCACCACAUGACAUGUUGUAUAGUGUGUGUUAAAAAAGACCUAAUUUUAUAGGUCAGUGAAUUCAGCAUAAAAAAACUACAUCACAAAACAUUAUGGGGUCAGUAAUGACUUCCAUUGAUAAAGUUACAUGGCUAGUUAAGAGUGAUUUGCAAAUAUGUGACACAAUGGGGUAUUAAUGUGACCCAGCACUGUCUUCAUUUUCAUGAAUAAUUAACCAACAUAAAAUAUUUUAAUUACUGCCCAAGAAGAUGAGUCUCUGCGAAGCUUUGGAUGGGGGUUUAUAAAAUCAUUAAAUUUAUUUUGUAGAAUACUCAGUGAAAAACAACAAAAUACAAGUUUUCUUGUAUUUUGUACCUUUUAUGACCUAACUGAUAUGCUUUCAAAAUACUAACAACAGACAUCACUUACAGAGAAAACAUUUUAUAAUUGCAGAAUAUUACAACAGCAAAUGUCCCAUAUGGUCACUAUAUCAUAUAUCAUGGUAUCUAAUAGAUUGGAAACAUUCAACAUUAUAUUCCAAAUCACUACUGUCACUAUAUAAAUUUGGAAAGAAG